UCUAUGACCCCUCCCAGACCAAUUUACAACUACACUCUCCCGCGAACGAUGCGGUAACCAUGGCGCAAGAGAUGAAGGUUAAUCCUCAGCGCGCGAAAGAUCUCGCAGAAAAUCUUGCCAGCAUCAUAUCGCGCAUCAAUGCUGCCAAUAAGACCGGAAAGCCUGUGCGCCUCAUAGCAGUCUCAAAGCUCAAGCCAGCCACCGACAUUCUUUCCCUCCACCAACCCUCCGGAACAUCCUCACAGCCGCUACAAACGCACUUCGGCGAGAACUACGUCCAAGAGCUCCUCGAAAAGUCCAGACUCCUCCCUCGCUCGAUACGAUGGCACUUUAUUGGGGGCCUCCAAUCGAACAAGUGCAAGCAGUUGGCGGAACAGAUACCAAACCUAUGGUGUGUGAGCAGUGUGGAUAGUGAGAAAAAGGCGGACCAGCUCGAAAAGGGCAGGAAAACACUCAUAGAGGCAGACCCAGGUGUUGAGAAGCUGAGGAUCAUGGUCCAAGUCAACACAAGUGGAGAGGAGAACAAAUCUGGCGUGGAGCCCUCCGAAACGUUGGCACUGUGCCGUCACAUCCUCGACAAAUGUCCGCACCUGCAGCUUACUGGACUUAUGACGAUUGGUGCCAUAGCGAGAUCCAAGGCCACAACACCGGAGAAUGAAAACGAGGAUUUCAUCACGCUGAGGGAGACGAGAAAUAAAGUAGCCAGGGAGUUGGGGUGGAAAGAGGAGCAAUUGGAACUGAGCAUGGGUAUGAGCGCGGACUUCGAAGGCGCAAUUGCCAUGGGAAGCGAUGAGGUCAGAGUUGGAAGCGAUAUCUUUGGCGAAAGACCGGCAAAGAAGGAUGCUGUCAUCGUGUAAGAAGCGUACCAGCUCCCUCUGCUAUCUAAGCGUUGUAGCUUUUCGAAGCUCCGUGCCAUACGGAUACGAUGCCUGCAAAACCCAAGCUGUAGCAUGCAUAUAGCGUAGCGCUAAAGUAAGGUUCUCCGUUCCCUCAUGUCACUGGGUAGUAUCCGGCUUACCAUUGUCUGGUAGACCGUGGGCAAUUAUAGCCUCACAUCUUGGUAUUGAAUUCGCAACCGCUCACCAGG